UACUUUAAUGCAAUAGUUUUAAAGAAGAAGACACUGUGUGAGUCAUCCUCCUCCUCAGUCCUCACUUUGUCAGUGUUUAGUUACUGUGACUCUGUAACUUUGAAGUAUUCCUAUCAGACUAUCAGGUCAGUGAGUUGUUGUUACAACUGGAAGCGUCCUCUUCUCCUAGCUUUUUUGUGUUUUGUCAAGCAAUUUUCUUCCAUUCUUCUUGUAUUUUCUUUUCUUAAUCAAGUCAGGGAGGAAAAGGAUGGAUUCAUUGAUAGUUGGGUCAUUUACAAGGUCUAAUCCCCACAAUUUUCCAGCUGCUCUUCAUAUUCCUUCACUCAGAAAUUCAAUCCAAGGCUCGAGGUGUAAAGAAUGGAGUCCCUUGGAGGGAAUUUGCAGUGUGAAGUACCAGCGAUAUUUAGUUGAGGGUCACACUGUAACUGACCAAAAGAAGUCUAUACUGUGCCCAACUAAUUGUAGGAAACGCCUGGUGGUUGCAUGCGGAGGGCAGCCGCUUGAAUCUGAGCCAAACGUUUAUGAUUCCAAGAAUCUUUGGAAUUCAGUUACUAGUUUUUUGGAUGCCUUUUAUAGGUUUUCAAGGCCUCACACGGUUAUAGGAACAACGUUGAGCAUAGUGUCAGUUUCACUACUUGCAGUGCAGAAGCUUUCUGAUUUAUCUCCUGUAUUUUUCACUGGAAUGUUAGAGGCCAUCAUUGCUGCUCUUUUCAUGAAUAUAUACAUCGUGGGAUUGAAUCAGAUAUCUGACAUAGAGAUAGACAAGGUUAACAAACCAUAUCUUCCACUGGCUUCUGGUGAAUAUUCCACAGCAACUGGCAUCUUCAUUGUCACAUCAUUUGCCAUAUUGAGUUUUUGGCUGUGGUCAGUUGUGGGUUCAUGGCCCUUAUUCUGGGCUCUUUCUGUUAGCUUCGUGCUUGGUACAGCGUAUUCAAUAAAUCUGCCAAUGCUGAGAUGGAAGAGAUCUGCCGUUGUUGCCGCAAUGUGUAUCCUUGUGGUUCGGGCUAUAAUUGUUCAAAUUGCUUUUUUCCUGCACAUGCAGACACAUGUCUUUGGACGACCAGCUGCCUUUUCCAGGCCUGUGAUUUUUGCAACUGCAUUUAUGAGUUUCUUUUCAGUAGUUAUCGCAUUGUUUAAGGACAUACCUGACAUGGAAGGUGAUAGAAUAUUUGGUAUCCGAUCAUUUACCGUACGAUUGGGACAAAAGCGGGUAUUUUGGAUUUGUAUAGCACUACUUCAAAUGGCUUAUGCUGUUGCCAUCAUAGUUGGGGCAUCAUCUUCCUUUUUCUGGAGCAAACUUAUCACGGUUGUUGGUCACGGUAUAUUGGCCACAAUGCUGUGGAGAAAUGCAAAGUCUACUGAUCUCAGCAGCAAAGUUGAAAUCACUUCUUUCUACAUGUUUAUCUGGAAGCUAUUUUAUGCAGAGUAUUUGCUGAUACCACUCGUUAGGUGAAUUGCCAAGCACGAUGGAGAUGAUUUUCUUCCCCGGAUUAGUGACAAAGUGUACAUAUAGGAUUUUUCUUUAUUGAGGGGGAGGGGGAGGGGGCAUUAGAUAUUAAACUGAAAUCAUACGAGUAUUGCCAUAAAUAUUCGAAUUUUAUCUUAAAAGGAAAUGUCAGCUUCAAUUACUGUCAUUUUCAUUCUCCUCUGCUGCAUUUUUUUUUUCAAUAACUUCCUGAGGCCGAGACAGAAACUUUGUGAAACAACAAAACGGUAUUUUUCUCCUCGCCUUACUUUCACUUAUUUAUAAGCGCAAGUCUAAUAAGAUCAAAACAAGCUAAGUUCA